UUGGGGUCCGGAGGCGGAAGGAUCCCGGGCCGAAGCACCGCCGCCUGCUCUGAGGAGGCGUCCCGAGCGCUUCCCUCACACACUCAGUCCGGCGCUGCGGAGGCGACGGGCGGACGUCGAAGGAGGCGAAUUAAUUCUGAGGAGAAUUUUUCUCUCAGAAGAGGGGGAAAAAAGAGGGAAAGAAGAGCCCGGAAAGAGAAGGAGAGGAAACAGAGGACGAGGAGGGAUGCGGCGGCCCUUAGGCUCCUCGCUGCUGCUGCUGCUGCUGCUGCUCCUCUCGGCGCUUCCUGCCCUGGCCCAAGGUUUCCGGUGCACCCAGCCAUCCGAGUCUUGCUUGAAUGGAGGAAAAUGCGAGUCCUUCCUCAAUGGAACAGGGGUCUGCAUAUGCCCCAGUGCCUUUGUCGGCAACCGGUGCCAGCUGCCAAACCCUUGCCUGAGCUCCCCGUGCAAAAAUGCCGGCACUUGCCACCCAUUGGUGCGCGGCAACAGCGCCGAGUACACCUGUGCCUGCCGCUUGGGCUACACCGACAAGCUGUGCCUUACUCCCGAGGAGAACGCCUGCCUCAGUAGCCCCUGCCGCAACGGAGGCUCCUGCGAUCUUCUCACCUUGACGGAGUAUAAAUGCCGCUGCCCUCCUGGCUGGUCAGGCAAGACGUGCCAACAGGCAGACCCCUGUGCCUCCAACCCUUGUGCCAACGGUGGCCAGUGCGUGCCUUUUGACUCGGACUACGUCUGCCGGUGCCCACCGGGCUUCCACGGAGCCACGUGCAAGGAGGACCUCAAUGAGUGCAGCCGCUCGCCGCCCGUCUGCAAGAACGGCGGGACCUGCCUCAACCAGAUCGGCAGCUACGAGUGCCAUUGCCGGCAGGCCUAUACGGGACCCAACUGCGAGCACCUGUACAUGCCCUGCAGCCCGUCCCCUUGCCAAAACGGGGGCACCUGCCGCCAGACGGGAGACACCACUUUUGAAUGCACCUGUCUGCCAGGUUUCUCUGGUCCGAAUUGCGAAGAAAACAUUGACGACUGCCCCGGAAACGGGUGCAAGAACGGCGGGACCUGCGUCGACGGAGUGAACACCUACAACUGUCAGUGCCUACCUGAAUGGACAGGCCAGUACUGCACGGAGGACGUGGACGAGUGCCAGCUGAUCCCCAACGCCUGCCAGAACGGGGGCACCUGCCACAACACCCACGGCAGCCACAACUGCGUCUGCGUCAAUGGCUGGACGGGCGAGGACUGCAGCGAGAACAUCGAUGACUGCGCCAGCGCCGCCUGCUUCACGGGGGCCACCUGCCACGACCGAGUGGCCUCUUUCUACUGCGAGUGUCCCCACGGCAGGACAGGUUUGCUGUGCCACCUCAGCGACGCUUGCAUCAGCAACCCUUGCAACGAAGGCUCCAACUGCGACACCAACCCCGUCACUGGCAAAGCCAUUUGCACUUGCCCCAUUGGGUACACGGGGCCCGCUUGCAACCAGGACAUGAACGAAUGCAAACUGGGUGCCAACCCUUGUGAGCAUGCCGGCCGGUGCAUCAACACGAAUGGCUCCUUCCACUGCCAAUGUCAGCAAGGCUAUUCUGGCCCUCGAUGUGAGAUUGACGUGAAUGAAUGCCAGUCCAACCCUUGCCAAAACGAUGCCACUUGUCUGGACCAGAUUGGGGUCUUCCAAUGUAUCUGUAUGCCAGGAUACGAAGGUGUCUACUGCGAAAUUAAUACGGACGAGUGUGCCAGCAGCCCCUGCCUCCAUAAUGGGAAGUGCAUCGACAAAAUCAACGAGUUUGCUUGCGAGUGCCCCAUAGGCUUCAACGGUCCCUUGUGCCAACAUGACAUCGACGAAUGCGCCAGCACGCCGUGCAAGAACGGAGCCAGAUGCAUCGACGGCCCCAACACCUAUACGUGCGAAUGUGCCGAAGGUUUCUCUGGCCCGCACUGCGAGACGGACAUUGACGAAUGCAACCCGGACCCCUGCCAUUACGGGACCUGCAAGGACGGCAUUGCCACCGCCACUUGCCUCUGCGAGCCAGGAUACACCGGCCACCGCUGCGACAUCAACAUCAACGAGUGCCAAAGCCAGCCCUGCAAGAACGGAGGGACUUGCCAGGACAGAAACAACGCUUACCACUGCCUCUGCCUCAAAGGGACCACCGGGCCCAACUGUGAAAUCAACCUGGACGACUGUGCCAGCAAUCCUUGCGACUAUGGCAAAUGCAUUGACAAAAUCAAUGGCUAUGAAUGCGCCUGCGAACCGGGUUACACAGGGAGGAUGUGCCACGUCAAUAUCGACGAGUGUGCCAGCAAUCCCUGCCACAACGGCGGCACGUGCCGGGAUAGCAUCAAUGGCUUCACUUGUGCCUGCCCAGAAGGCUACCACGACCCCAUGUGCCUUUCGGAAGUGAACGAGUGCAAUAGUAACCCUUGCAUCCACGGGAGGUGCAACGAUGGGUUGAAUGGGUACAAAUGCGAUUGCGACUCCGGCUGGAGCGGCACCAACUGCGACGUCAACAACAACGAGUGCGAGUCCAACCCCUGCAUGAACGGCGGCGCCUGCAAGGACAUGACCAGCGGCUACAUCUGUACCUGUCGGGAAGGAUUCAGCGGAACCAACUGUCAAACCAACAUCAACGAAUGUGCUUCGAACCCAUGCCUCAACCACGGCACCUGCAUCGACGACGUGGCCCGCUACCAGUGCAAUUGCCUACCUCCUUAUACUGGGCCCACCUGCAGGGAGGUUUUGGCCCCUUGUGCCGACGGGCCUUGUAAGAACGGCGGGGAGUGCCGCGAGUCCGAGGACUACGAAAGCUUCCUGUGCGCCUGCCCUUCCGGCUGGCAAGGGCAAACCUGCGAGAUUGACAUCAAUGAAUGCGUCAAGAGCCCCUGUCGGAACGGCGCCACUUGCCAGAAUACGAAUGGAGGCUACCGGUGUGUCUGCAAACCUGGUUUCGCCGGACGAGGCUGCGAAAUUGACAUCGACGACUGCCAGCCCAAUCCGUGCCACAACGGAGGCUCCUGCUCCGACGGCGUCGACAGCUUCUUCUGCGACUGCCUGGCCGGCUUCCAGGGCCAGAAGUGCGAGGAGGACAUUGACGAGUGCAGCAGCAACCCCUGCAAGAAUGGGGCCAACUGCACCGACUGCGUCAACAGCUACACCUGCACCUGCCCCUCCGGCUUCAGCGGCAUCCAUUGCGAACACAACACGCCGGACUGCACGGAGAGUUCUUGCUUCAACGGCGGGACCUGCGUGGAUGGCAUCAACACCUUCACCUGCGUUUGCCCACCGGGCUUCACCGGCAUCUAUUGCGAGCACGAUAUCAACGAAUGUGACUCCAAGCCCUGUUUUAAUGGCGGCACUUGCCAGGACAGCUAUGGGACCUACAAGUGCACCUGUCCGCAGGGCUACACUGGGCUCAAUUGCCAGAACCUGGUGCGCUGGUGCGACUCCUCUCCGUGCAAAAACCGAGGGAAGUGUUGGCAGGUGGACAAUUCGUACCGCUGCGAAUGCACCAGCGGCUGGACGGGCCUCUAUUGUGACGUCCCAAACGUCUCGUGCGAAGUGGCCGCUCAGCAGCAAGGGGUCGACGUUGCCCACCUCUGCCGGAAUUCAGGAGUUUGCAUGGACCGGGGCAACACUCACUUCUGCCAUUGCCAGGCUGGCUACACGGGCAGCUAUUGCGAAGAGCAAGUGGACGAAUGCUCUCCCAACCCUUGCCAAAAUAGGGCCACGUGCACGGAUUAUCUGGGUGGUUAUUCAUGCGAGUGUGUUGCCGGCUAUCACGGAGUGAACUGCUCGGAGGAGAUCAACGAAUGCCUGUCCCAUCCCUGCCAAAACGGAGGGACUUGCAUUGAUCUCAUCAACACCUACAAAUGCUCCUGUCCCCGAGGAACCCAAGGGGUGCACUGUGAGAUCAACGUGGACGACUGCAGCCCGUCUUCAGGCCCCGACACCUUAACCCCGAAGUGCUUCAACAACGGCAAGUGCCUCGAUCGGGUGGGCGGCUACAGCUGCCUCUGCUUGCCGGGCUUCGUCGGGGAGCGCUGCGAGGGGGACGUCAACGAGUGCCUCUCCAACCCCUGCGACAUGCGAGGGACCCAGAACUGCGUGCAGCGCAUCAAUGAUUACGAGUGCGAGUGCCGCCCGGGCUACACCGGACGGCGUUGUGAGACUGUGGUGGACGGCUGUCGCAACAAGCCCUGCAAGAACGGCGGGACCUGCGCCGUCGCCAGCAACACGCAGCACGGUUACAUCUGCAGGUGCCCUCCGGGCUUGGACGGUGCCACGUGCGAGAACGACUUGCGCAGUUGUGGUGCGCUGCGCUGCCUGAACGGCGGGACCUGCGUCUCGACUCAGAAGAGCUCCAAGUGCCUGUGCAGGCCGGGCUUCACGGGCCCCGAGUGCGAGUUCCCCUCCAGCAGCCCCUGCCACUCCAGCCCUUGCUACAACCAGGGCACCUGCCAGUUUGCCAAGGAGCCGCCCCAUUACCGCUGCCUGUGUCCCACGCACUUCAACGGGCUCAACUGCCACAUCCUGGACUACAACUUCCCGGGCGGCGUGGGGAGGGACAUUGCCCCGCCGCCCUUGGAGGAGACCUGCGAGACCCCCGGCUGCCCGGGCCUGGCCGGCAACAAGAUCUGCGACGCCAAGUGCAACAGCCACGCCUGCGGCUGGGACGGCGGGGACUGCUCGCUCAACUUCAACGACCCCUGGAAGAACUGCUCCCAGUCCUUCCAGUGCUGGACCUACUUCAACGACGGCAAGUGCGACGCCCAGUGCAACAACACCGGCUGCCUUUUUGACGGGUUCGACUGCCAGAAGGUGGAAGGGCAAUGCAACCCUCUGUAUGACCAAUACUGCAAGGACCACUUCUCGGACGGCCACUGCGACCAAGGCUGCAACAACGCCGAGUGCGAGUGGGACGGCCUGGACUGCGCCAACGACGUCCCCGAGAAGCUGGCCGAGGGGACGCUGGUGGUGGUGGUGCUCAUCGCCCCCGAGGCCCUCAAGAACAACUCGCUCAACUUCCUGCGGGAGCUCAGCCGCAUCCUCCACACCAACGUGGUCUUCAAGAAGGACCCCAAGGGCGAGUACAUGAUCUUCCCCUACUUCGGGAACCCCGAGGAGCUGAAGAAGCACCACGUCAAGCGGUCGGUGGAGGGUUGGCCGGACGUGGAGGACGUGGUCCUGAGGGUGAAGGCCUCGUUCUACUCAGCCGUCGGUGGUCGGCACAGGAGAGAACUGGGCCAAGUGGAUGUCCCUGGUUCCAUUGUUUACUUGGAGAUCGACAACCGGCAAUGCAUCCAGUCCUCUUCGCAGUGUUUCCAAAGCACCAAGGAAGUGGCCGCUUUCCUGGGAGCCCUGGCCUCUUCGGGCAGCCUGGACAUUCCCUACCAAAUUGAAGCCGUGAAAAGCGAGACCGACCCGCCGAAGGGCAACCUGUGGUAUCCUAUGUAUGUGGCGGUGCCGGCGCUCUUCCUCCUCAUCUUGAUCGGCGUCGGGGUCUUGGCCUCCCGCAAGCGGCGCAGGGAACACGGGCAGCUCUGGUUCCCCGAAGGGUUCAAAGUGACCGAGUCCAGCAAGAAGAAGCGCCGGGAGCCGCUGGGAGAGGAUUCGGUGGGGCUCAAACCCUUGAAGAAUGCUUCGAACGGUGCCUUGAUGGAUGACAACCAGAACGAAUGGGGGAACGAAGAGACGCUGGACACUAACCGAUUCAGGGUGGAGGAGCAGGCCAUGCUGCCGGACAUGGACGACCAGACUGACCACAGGCAGUGGACCCAGCAGCACUUGGAUGCCGCCGAUCUGCGGAUUUCUUCCAUGGCGCCCACCCCUCCGCAAGGCGAAAUUGACGCCGACUGUAUGGAUGUCAAUGUCCGUGGGCCAGACGGAUUGACCCCUCUGAUGAUCGCGUCCUGCAGCGGAGGCGGCCUGGAGACGGGCACCAGCGAGGAGGAGGAGGAUGCGCCGGCGGUCAUUUCGGACCUCAUCUACCAAGGGGCCAACCUGCACAACCAGACGGACCGCACGGGGGAGACGGCCCUUCACCUGGCCGCACGCUAUUCCCGCUCGGACGCGGCCAAGAGGCUGCUGGAAGCCAGUGCCGACGCCAACAUCCAGGACCACAUGGGCAAGACCCCCCUCCACGCCGCCGUCUCGGCCGACGCUCAAGGCGUCUUUCAGAUCCUCAUCCGCAACAGAGCCACCGAUCUGGAUGCGCGGAUGCACGACGGGACCACGCCGCUCAUCCUGGCGGCCCGCUUGGCCGUGGAAGGCAUGCUGGAAGACCUCAUCAGCUGCCACGCGGACGUCAACGCCAUCGAUGACUUAGGGAAGUCCGCUCUCCAUUGGGCCGCGGCUGUGAACAACGUGGACGCGGCCCUGGUGUUGCUGAAGAACGGGGCAAAUAAAGACAUGCAAGACAACAAGGAAGAGACGCCUUUAUUCCUGGCUGCCCGGGAAGGGAGCUUCGAGACGGCCAAGGUCCUCCUGGAGAACUUUGCCAACCGCGACAUCACGGACCACAUGGACCGCCUGCCCCGCGACAUCGCCCAGGAGCGCAUGCACCACGACAUUGUGCGCCUGCUGGAGGAGCACAACCUGGUGCGCAGCCCGGCCCUGCACAACGGGGGUCUGGGGGGGCCGGCGCUGCCUUCCCCGCUCUGCUCGCCCAGCGGUUACAUCGGCAACAUGAAGCCGGCCGGGCUGCCGAGCAAGAAGGCCCGCAAGCCGAGCCUCAAGGGGUCUCAAGCCUGCAACGGGAAGGAGUCCAAGGAGCUCAAGGCCCGGCGCAAGAGGUCCCAGGAGAGCAAGGGCUGCCUGCUGGACACCUCCAACGCCCUCUCGCCCGUCGAUUCGCUGGAGUCGCCCCGCGGGUACCUCUCGGAUGUCGCCUCCCCGCCCCUGAUGACCUCCCCGUUCCAGGCCUCCCCCUCCAUGCCCCUCAACCACUUGCCCGGCAUGCCCGACGCCCACAGGAGCAUGAACCACCUCAACUUGGUCACCAAGCAAGAUCUGAAUAUGGCCAACCGGAUGCAGCCGUUCGACCCCGUGCCCCCCCGCCUCACCCACUUGCCCGUCUCCAGUCCCAACACCCCGAUGAGCUUCACCGUGAGCGGCGGACAGUGCGAUUGGCUGACGAGGCUCAACGGCAUGGUCCAGAACCAGUACAACCCAAUGCGGGGCAACAACGGCCUCCCGCCGGGGCUCCACCUGCCCAGCCAAGGCCCUCUCCAGCACGGCCUCCUCACCUCGUUGCACAACGGCUUGCCCAACACCGCCUUGUCCCAAAUGAUGGGCUUCCAGGCCCGCUUGACCACCGCCAAUGCCCAACCACACCUUCUCCAGGCUCAACAACUUCAACAGAUUCAGCAACAGCAGCAAAAUAUGCAACAACCACCGUCGCAGCAGCCUUCCAUCGGCACCGGCACCAACCAAGUGACCCCAAGCUUUCUCGGCAGCGACUUGACCCAGUCUGACCUCCAGCAAGUGAGCAACGGCACCUUGGCCGCCAUCUUGCCCCAAGACACCCAAGUCUUGGCCGCCACCUCGUUGACCCAGCCCAUGACCACCACCCAGUUCCUCACCCCGCCCUCCCAGCACAGCUACUCCUCUCAGAUGGACCAUACGCCCAGCCACCAGCUCCAGGUCUCCGACCACCCCUUCUUGACCCCGUCCCCAGAGUCACCCGACCAAUGGUCGAGCUCCUCGCCGCACUCCAACCUCUCUGAUUGGUCGGAGGGCAUCUCCAGCCCGCCCACCAGCAUGCCCUCCUCGCAGAUAGGGCAACACAUCCCCGAGGCCUUCAAGUAAAGGAGGAGGGGACGUCUCAAGGACUUCGGACCAGGUGGAGGAGAGAGACUAUGUUGGGGAAUAAUGUCUUCCAAAGGUUUUACUUCAAGGAGGAGGAACCAUCUCAAGGUCUUCCAACCAGAUCUUCCCCUCCAUGUUGGGAAGGAAAUUCUUCCAAAGACUUUAUGGAGGAGGAACCAUCUCAAGAUCUUCUCAUCCAUGUUGGGAAGUAGUCUUUUCCAAAGACUUCAUGGAGGAGGAACCAUCUCAAGAUCUUUUCCUCCAUAUUGGGAAAGAAUCUCUUCCAAAGACUUUAUGGAGGAGAAACCAUCUCAAGAUCUUCCAGCCAGAUCUUCCCCUCCAUGUUGGGAAGUAAAUUGUUCCAAACACUUCAAGAAAGAGGAACCAUCUCAAGAUCUUUUCCUCCAUGUUGGGAAGUAAUCUCUUCCAAAGACUUUAUGGAGGAGAAACCAUCUCAUGAUCUUCUCCAUAUUGGGAAGUAAUAUCUUCCAAAGACUUUAUGGAGGCGAAACCAUCUCACGAUCUUCUCCAUAUUGGGAAAGAAUCUCUUCCAAAGACUUUAUGGAGGACAAAUCAUCUCAUGAUCUUCUCCUCCAUGUUGGAAGUCAUCUGUUUCAAAGACUUCAAGGAAGAGAAACCAUCUCAAAGACCUUCCAGCCAGAUCUUUUGGAACAGGAGCCAUGCCUUCUGAAGCCUACAAGUCAAGGGAGAGGAACCAUCUCAAGAACUUCGGAUCGGGUGAGAGACUAGAGAGACUAUAUUGGGAAGUAAUCUCUUCCAAAGACUUUAUGGAGGAGGAACCAUCUCAAGAUCUUCUCCAUAUUGGGAAGUAACCACUUCCAAAGACUUCACGGAGGAAGUAUCAUCUCAAGAUCUUCUCCAUAUUGGGAAGUAACCGCUUCCAAAGACUUCACGGAGGAAGUACCAUCUCAAGAUCUUCUCAUCCAUAUUGGGAAGUAAUCUCUUCCAAAGACUUUAUGGAGGAGGAACCAUCUCAAGAUCUUCUCCAUAUUGGCAAGUAACCUCUUCCAAAGACUUCAAGGAGGAGGAACCCUCUCAAGAUCUUCUCCAUAUUGUGAAGUAAUCUCUUCCAAAGACUUCAAGAAGAGAAACCAUCUCAAGAUCUUCUCCAUAUUGUGAAGUAAUCUCUUCCAAAGACUUCAAGGAGGAGGAACCAUCUCAAGAUCUUCAUAUUGGGAAGUAAUCUCUUCCAAAGACUUCAAGGAGGAGGAACCAUCUCAAGAUCUUCUCCAUAUUGGGAAGUAAUCUCUUCCAAAGACUUCAAGGAAGAGAAACCAUCUCAAGAUCUUCUCCAUAUUGUGAAGUAAUCUCUUCCAAAGACUUCAAGGAGGAGGAACCAUCUCAAGAUCUUCUCCAUAUUGUGAAGUAAUCUCUUCCAAAGACUUCAAGGAAGAGAAACCAUCUCAAGAUCUUCUCCAUAUUGUGAAGUAAUCUCUUCCAAAGACUUCAAGGAGGAGGAACCAUCUCAAGAUCUUCUCAUUCAUGUUGGGAAGUCAUCUCUUCCAAAGACUUCAAGGAGGAGGAACCAUCAUAAGAUCUUCUCCAUAUUGGGAAGUAACCUCUUCCAAAGACUUUAUGGUGGAGAAACCAUCUCAAGAUCUUCUCCAUAUUGUGAAGUAAUCUCUUCCAAAGACUUCAAGGAGGAGGAACCAUCUCAAGAUCUUCAUAUUGGGAAGUAAUCUCUUCCAAAGACUUCAAGGAGGAGGAACCAUCUCAAGAUCUUCAUAUUGGGAAGUAAUCUCUUCCAAAGACUUCAAGGAGGAGGAACCAUCUCAAGAUCUUCCAACUGGAUCUCUUCCAUUUUGGGACUGGAGCAAAAGACCUUCAGAUCUUCGGAUCAUCAAAGAGAGACUUGUCUUCUUAGGCCUUCAAUGUGAGGAGGAACCGAACCAUCAUCUCAAAAAAAAUAAAUAAAAUAAGACCUUCCAACCGGAAAGAAUAGAGACUGGAAUAAUAUGUCAUUUUUUAAAAAAAAAAAUAUUUUUGCAUAAAUAGAAAAUACAACUUUUUCUUCCUUCCUUUCUCCUUCCCUCCCUAGUAUUUAUUUAUGUACUUUUAUUUUAAAUUUUUACAUGGAAACACUGCCUUUUCGUAUUUUUUUUUAAUUUAUAUGUUCUACGAUGGGAUGCCCUUUGCUGUGGUCCAAGGAAUUUUUUUUAAAAAAAAUAAUUAUUGUUUAAAAAAAAAAUAAGGAAAUUUCUCUCUUUUUAAAAAAUACUUGGAUAUUUUUGUAAAAAGUGCUUUCAAAACUUAUUUACUCGGAUGAUGAUUUUGGGGAAACUUUGGAGCGUUUCCAGCCAAGAGUCUUUGUUUAAAAGUUUCAGUAUUAUAUAGUUUAUACGAUUAUUAUGAUUGUUGGUAUUAUUAUUAUUAUUUGAAUGAUAGCUGGCUGAGCUCUUUUUAUUUAUUUCGAAUGCUGCCUGUGGCCGGAAAUCUGGGAAUUCG